AUGAUAGAAAGGGGGAAUCCCCGAAACAAAGUGGCCUUGGCUCCGGGGAGAUCUCUGAUGGAUUGGAUUCGAUUGGGGAAUUCUGGUGAGGAUCUGACGGGUGUCGGAGGAGCCAGGAAGGAAUCUAUCUCCGUCCAGGAAUUGGCCCUUCACAAUCAUCCUCCUCACGACGUCUGGAUUGCCAUUCGAGGUACCGUACGAGACCACCUUCGUCCCGUAAAGUUGGUUUCCCGU